AUGGGUGCCCACAAGUCUGGCGGCAUUGUUCGUACGCACCCUAGCAGAGGAAUGGCCGAAUAUCUUUCAGGGGAAGGUAUGCUCUCUGAUGAGCAGGCACGGGAUUUGAGGCAACAAGGCUAUCUUGACCAGGACAUGGCAGACCAAGCUCCUCAACAUCAAAUCAACCAGGCCCAAGACAGAGCCAUACAAAUCUCGAUUCGUCCGCUUCCAGCAGCGCAGCCUGAUGACAGUCAUGACAAGUCCCAGCCUAGUCAGAACGACACAGAGCCCGUCGCCAUCAGCACGUCCAAUAUGACCGUCACACCAACGACAAGCCUGGAAAAGCCAAGCUCUGAGCAUGACAGUUCGGGCAGUAAUGUCUUGUGCUGCUCUGCUGCUCAAGAUGAUUCAACUAUGCCUGCCUGGAGUCCAACUGCAUUUAGCGAGCAACACCACGCGGAAGUUGCCGACCUCUUUGCACUGCGUGCUGCAGUCUGGCAUAUGACGCGAAGAGCGACAGAUCUGUCAAACGCGACCAAUCUGCAGAGUAUUGACAUAGGCACACUAAGUCUGCCGCCAUUGAGUCUGUCACCAAGCAUUGCGAACAACGAAGUCGACCUGGAUACUCUGAUGAACGUACCACAGACCGCAACUCUGCAACGACGUAAGUCCUGGACAGGUCCGUCCGACAGAGACGAGCAGCCAGAUGCUUUGAUUAGGCCCAGCUCGGCGCCUCCCAAUAGCUCUCAUCAAUGGCUGGAAGAGGGUGAGUAUAUUGCAUAUGCUCAAGGGUCCGGUUCAGGAGACGGCUCACGACGGACGACUGGUACACAUCUUUGCUCGCUGUCAAGCAAUGCUCGCACAAUCGGCAAUGCUCGUCGAAGGGCGGCCGAUGAUGAGGAUGAAGGGAAUGCAGACCGAGAUCAAGACGGUCGGGGGAAACGGCGGCGGCUCGAUGAGUCGGUUCACAAACCUUCAGCACGAAUCCGAUUACCUUGCAUUUUCAACAUGGGCGAGCCCGACGCUUUCCCCAAACACACUGCGACGUAUGAACAUAUCUCAGAAUUGCUGCGCCACCUCACAACGCACGACUUCUACGCCUGUCAGAAAUGCUUUACAAGGUUCAACAACACUGCGGAAAUUCUUGACCACAUAUGCAAGAAGACGUGCGAAAACACUGCCUGCAGAAGGACGGUAUUACUCAACACUGCGCAGCCGUUUGACUGCGAUUGUGUAACCACUGCUGUGGAGCAAUGGGAACAGCUCUUCUCUUUGCAAUAUCCUGGACAGCAUGUGCCAGCUUUGCGACCAAAUACGUACGAUGACCCGUCCAUGACGCCCUCUCUGCAACCUCGUACACCAUUCCUGUUGAGCGUCCCACAAAGCGCCGUUCCAGCAUUCGACAACAACGUUUUGGACACGCCAAACACGAACUUAUGGGCUCACGAAGCUUUCGACCUUAGCAUGACGCAAGUGCACGCGCCACGAACUGUACUACCCGCCAUGAGAACCAAUCUGGGCCAUGCCUUCCAGAAAGAAUAUCAACAGCUAUCCGAGCGCCUCGCUCAGCUCGAACGCCGAAAAGAUGAUGCUAGCAGCAAGCGUGAGGAGGCUCGGGGAACGCUGCUCUUGUCCCUUUGGGAGGCGCUCUGCGAGACAGGCAGUCCCAAAGCACGAAUCGAUGGCCCUCUCUGGAGAAUGAUGCAACGCGAUGCUCCAGAAGUCUUGAGGCAGAGCAUGGUUGCUACAACUCUUACGAGUGGAUCCUCCUCAGUGCUGCAUAGUCAGUUGUUACAGAAUGGUGUCGUGGGACAGCACUUUGAGCGUCAUCAUACGUCCACAAACGGUAAUUUUGGGACCAACGGCAAUUCUGAUUGGAUGAUGAAUCUUACGGCAACGGGGGAUUUCUCCAACGCUUCUGCACAACCAAAUGCGGGCUAUGAGGGAAUGUGAGAAGCUGAACUGGGAGUCAUGAGUUUCGACAUCAUCCACUGAAGGCUUUUCUGGCUACGAACGAAUCACUUCAGAGUACUUCCGGCGGCAUUUGCGCAAUGCUGCAGUCCAGCAAAGUUAUCAGACUGCCAAAACAUUUCGAGC